AUGAUACGGAAAGGCGGCGCGAUAGCACUGAACCCCUUCACAAAAGCCUACAAACGCAAGAUGAGCACCCGACCGACCGGGCCCCUCCACUUCGGCCCAUUCGAGGUGACUUCUCAGGUCUUCCUCACAACCACGCACUCCUUCGCCCUCGUGAACCUGAAGCCGCUGCUGCCAGGCCAUGUGCUGGUGUGCCCGCAGCGGCCGCACAGGCGGCUGACGGACCUCUCGCCGCCCGAGCUGACGGACCUGUUCGGCGCGGUGCAGCGCGUGCAGCACAUGCUGGCGCGGCAUUACUUCACAGCAACACAGGUGCGCGCCAUCAACGGUUCUUCUGACACGGCCACUGCUACUGCUAUCCCCCAGCAACAAGGGUCAAGUAAAAACGCCAUCGCCAACACCAACGAGAACAGUGAUGUGGCGAGUGACAGCAAGAGGACAACAGCAGCCCCGCCCGAAGCCGGCUCCUUCAACAUAGCCAUCCAGGACGGCAGCGAGGCCGGCCAGACGGUGCCGCACGUCCACGUGCACGUGAUCCCGCGGAUCCGCGGCGCCACGUCCAAGGACGACAGCGGGCCGGGCGACGAGAUCUACGAGCUGAUGGCGGCGGAGGAGGGGAACGUGGGCGGGGCGUUAUGGGAUCGGACACAGGAGACGAUGAAACAGCGGCCGCGGCCAGGCGGCGCGUUCCCGCACAUUGAAGACCAGGCGCGCAUGGCGAGGUCCGUCGAGGAGAUGGAGGCCGAGGCGGACUUGUUUAGGAGCGUGUUGCAGGGGAUGGAGAUGGAAGAGUACGUAACGAGAUGA